AGGAGAUGACACACCAGUCUUUGGUCCCUUCUGCCCCUUGAGCUGGGGGCAGGGGCCUGGGGGCAGUGUCAGUUCCCCUCCUUGGGCAGGGCCGGGGGGUCUUUCCCUCUAACUGAGCAGCAGCAGCAGCAGCAUCGGUCAUGGACAAGCUGCCCCCCCUCCAUGCGCAAGAGGCUCUACAGUCUGCCCCAGCAGAUAGGACCCAAGGCAUCAAUCAUGGACGAGGAGGAAGACAGCGACAAGGACACCCGGAGGAAAAGCAUCAGGCUGAAGCCACUGCCUUCGCCCUCUGCUGGGAGCACCCGGGCACUUGGGGGAGACCCCAGCAGAGGGGGGGACCCCGGCCUCCUGGAGACAGACGCAGGCAGCAAGGGUGCCAAGACCAGCACCAACGGGGACUGCCGCCGCUUCAAAGGGAGCCUGUCCUCGCUGACCAGCAGGCACCUCCACGACGCGGCCGAGGAGAAGAGGCUGAUCGGCGGCGAAGGGGAGCCAGCCUCCCCCAGUGAGGACAAGAGCCCCCCUGGCAGUGGGGAGCUGGAGCAGGGACUGCCAGCGCCUCCACCACCAGCGUCCCCACCAGAGCCCCAGCAGCAACCCCCCCGGGCUUGCUCCUCUACCUCCAUCAAAGUGGAAGGAGGUGGAGGGUGCGACCAGAUCACCCCAGAUGAGGAGCAGAGGCUGGGCCAAGCUGGUUUCAUGCAGAGGCAAUUCGGGGCCAUGCUCCAGCCGGGCGUCAACAAAUUCUCCUUGAGGAUGUUUGGCAGCCAGAAGGCCGUGGAGAGGGAGCAGGAAAGGGUUAAGUCUGCCGGGUUCUGGAUCAUCCAUCCCUACAGCGACUUCAGGUUUUAUUGGGAUUUGACCAUGCUGCUCCUGAUGGUAGGGAACCUGAUCAUCAUCCCUGUGGGCAUCACUUUCUUCAAGGAUGAAAACACUACCCCAUGGAUUGUCUUCAAUGUGGUUUCAGACACGUUCUUCCUCAUCGACCUUGUCCUCAACUUCCGAACAGGCAUUGUGGUGGAGGACAACACAGAGAUCAUCCUAGACCCACAGAGGAUCAAGAUGAAGUACCUGAAGAGCUGGUUUGUGGUGGAUUUUAUCUCCUCCAUCCCCGUGGACUAUAUCUUCCUGAUUGUUGAAACCCGUAUUGAUUCUGAGGUGUACAAGACAGCUCGGGCACUGCGCAUCGUGCGCUUCACUAAGAUCCUCAGCCUCCUGCGGCUUCUGCGGCUCUCCCGGCUCAUCCGCUACAUUCAUCAGUGGGAGGAGAUCUUCCACAUGACCUAUGAUCUGGCCAGUGCGGUGGUGAGGAUUGUGAACCUGAUUGGGAUGAUGCUGCUGCUGUGUCACUGGGAUGGCUGCCUCCAGUUCCUUGUGCCUAUGCUGCAGGACUUCCCUGACGAUUGUUGGGUGUCCCUCAACCGCAUGGUGAAUGACUCCUGGGGGAAGCAGUAUUCCUAUGCGCUAUUCAAGGCAAUGAGUCACAUGCUCUGCAUUGGGUAUGGGCAGCAGGCGCCUGUUGGCAUGUCAGAUGUGUGGCUCACUAUGCUGAGCAUGAUUGUUGGUGCCACCUGCUAUGCCAUGUUCAUCGGCCAUGCCACAGCCCUAAUCCAGUCUCUGGACUCCUCACGGCGUCAGUACCAGGAGAAGGACAUAGACAGGCAAAACUACUGCCUUCAAGUUCUGGUUGAACCAGUAGGCCUGCACCUCCACAAAAUAGGAGAGCUAAUUGAAUAA